CGAUGUUGUUGGUCGGCAAUGUGUACAUUACUUUGUCCUCAAAGACACUUCCUUUCGGGUGGUACGUCACUUGCGGUUUCAUUAUACAUAUGUAUAUCAGGGGUCGCUCCCGUUACAAAUCUAGAACACGAUAAUCGUUAUCGUUAUUGUUUCGUUGACCACCGACACGCGAGGACAUACCCGCAGGAUCCACCCAGGGACGUCCAAAAAAAAAGGUGAAAAUACCAUUGGAAGUCAACGAUGCAAGGUCCUAUUCGACCGGAAUCCCACGAGAACCACCGAUUGGUCGGACAGAAGACUAAAGAAUAAUACCAAGUUCGAGGACCGUUCGCAGUCUUCACGGAUAAACGGUUCGAGGCGGUUCGAGUCGAUCCAUCAUCGCGUCUCUUAUCAGGAUUCAACGAUCAGGGGGAUAGACUGUCAAAAAUGGAGCUCGUGGAUGAUAAUGGAAUUCCGGAGGAUAAGCUGGACGCUGUGGAGGAGGUGGUUAUCAAGGAUGCCACGGUGACCGUGGACACCACCGACAAAAAGGCCCAGCCGUACAAGCAAUCGAACACGUACGCGGCGAAGAAGACCGUCGCCCAGGGUAUGAUGGACGUUGCUCUGAUCACGGCGAACGCGAAUCAAAUGAGAUAUCUGAUCGAGUACCAACGCGACAGCCCGACGUUCUAUGUGAUUCUUAGCCUGAUCAUAAUCAGUCUGAUGCUGCAGAUUGCCGUGGGUGUCAGCCUGAUUUUCAAAGGUCGUUUCGACAUAAAGGGUCAAUCGAAGUCGUUGAACGCACGGAGGAUCAACAAUUACGUGGUGGUCGGUGUUUUCCUCAUAACGAUAAUAAACGUUUUCAUCGCCGCGUUCAGCAUAACCACCACCACCCCGUUGUCCCAGCAGACGCAGAUCGCGCAAAUAACCCAGACGUAGCACUUCGAACGAUCCUCUCUGAUCCGAUCUUGUGAUCCAGCCAUCCAGCUCUCUGAUAUUUUCUCUUUUAUUCUUCUUUUUUAUUAUUAUUAUUAUUAUUAUUACUAUUGUAUGGUACAGUAACAUUGAAACACUUGUAUACUUUUGUUUCGUUCACGAUGACCACGAUAAGAUAGGCGUGACUGACCGUACCGGACAGAUUUAUUGUAGUUUUGUAACUCGUGGAGAUUGCUG